CCAUUGGCUCUCCUGCCCGCCGCUCCGCCCGCCCGCCGGGCUCCCGCUGCUUCCAGCGCCGCGCUGCAGGCAGCAGCCUCCGUGCUACCACCAUGCCCGCCGCCUGGCGCAGCCGCCGCCGCCGCUGAAGGAUGAGCGCCGCGCCCUGCUCGCUGCUGCUGCUGCUGCUGCCGCCCCUGGCCUUGCUGCUGCUGCUGCUCCCGCCCCCCGCCCGGGCCAGCCCGGAGAGGCAGCAGACCGAGUCGUGUCCCCGGAGCUUGGAUUGCACCCUGCAGAGGCGGGAGUUUUGCCUCCCCGGAUCUCACGUCUGCGGCCCCUGCCUCCCUCAGUUUGCAGAGGACGGACAUGGCAAAUGCAUCCCCAAGACCCGAGCGCCUAGCGGGAGAACUGUUCCCAACUUAGAGGACGAAAUUGAUUUCCUAGCGGACAUGCUGUCCAGACAGGAGGAUGCCGGCCAGCCCAAACUUCAGGAUGGCACCCCAGCCCCUGAAGGCCAGCACCACAAGGUCGGUGUGCCGAAGGCGGAGUCCUUGCCAAGGGGCCGGGCAGGACUCCCCGCUGCAACCUCUCGGCCCUUCACCCCCGCGGAGGUGGAGUCGUCACGCUUGUCUUCAAAUGAUACUCUCAUACUUGGGCUGAUCGUUGUAUGCACCAUUGCAGGAAUCUCCGCUCUGAUCGUGGCAGCUGUUUGCUGGUGCAGGCUGCAAAAGGAAAUCCGGCUUGCCCAGAAAGUGGACUACCUGGCUCACAACAACUUUCCAGGUCCUCCGUCAUACGACAAGAUCUCGCCCGGUGAUAAAAAGCUGGCACAGAGUGCUCAGAUGUACCACUACCAGCACCAGAAACAGCAAAUGCUCUCCAUGGAGAAGCAUAAAGAAGAGGCCAAAGCUCCAGAAUCGGCAUCAUCGGACGAAGAAAACGAAGAUGGAGACUUCACGGUCUAUGAGUGCCCAGGACUCGCCCCUACCGGCGAGAUGGAAGUGAAGAACCCCCUCUUUGACGACUCCUCGUUGCAUCCCCCACUGCCCAACUCGCACCCGUGACCUUUGGCCAACCACACUGUGGACUGUGUGUAUGCAAGCACCGCACCUAGGACGCGCCCCAACCUGCAGACCACUACUUUGUUCCUCACGAGAGAGUGCUUAUGGCAGCACGGUCAGACGCCCAGCGGUUGGCACCCCCCAAAGAGAGAUGGACCCAUCAAAGAAACCUGUGGCUGGCUUCCGGGGUCUUGCUUCAUGCUCCAGUUCUUCGCCAUCUGCUCGAUUGGACUGCCUCUCGCUGUUCAGAUGUCUACGCAAUGGGAUGGAAAACCUGCCUCGGUUAUUUCUUCCUUGCAGAGGGUUGAAUUGGGAGAGCAGGGAGGGAGGUUCAACAACCGUCUCCCACUCUCCUCCCAAAUGUCAAGAUUCCUUCUCGCCCGCCCUUUUUGCAAAACUGGAUGUACGCAGCUGCCGUCUGCCCCAUGCGCAAAAGGAUACGACUCGUGGCCACUGAAGCAUUUUUGAUUUGUGAUGAGCUGCAUUCUGCUUAUUCCACAACUGAGCUGAGCUUAAAAUCGGUUUCAGGCUGCAGCACAGCCAUCAAAACAUGCCAGCUCAAUAAACGACCCCAUGUGUUCUUACGAUCAACCAAUUUGUGCUUUUUCAGGUUUAUGUUUUUGGUAACCUGUCUGCUGGUCCUCAGUUUCAAAUGAUGCAUUGUAAUGGUUGGUAGAUUAAAUUCAUUGCAACGUAUCCUUUUUGUGCAAAACUGACAGCAUCUCGCGACAGGGAGGGAGUGCCCAUACAAAACUGUCAUCCCUCUGCUAAUUGCCCAUGGAUAUGUUGCUGUUAAAAUUCCCCUUUUGCAGCUGGGGAAGGGAUUAACUGAGGCUGGGAGAAAUGCUUUUUUCCUGAUGGAUAAACAGAUUUGCACCUUGGGCUUAGCCUCUGGGGCUCUGUUCUCUUAUCCUCUAGAUAGCUGGCCCUCUGCUAUGUGGGUCAUGACCUACAACUGGGUGUGUGAGUCAUUUUCAGAGGGAGGGAAAGUCAGAGGCCCCACCUGCAUGAUAAACAUAUAAUCAGUUUUAGACCUGUUUAACUGUCAUGGUGUUAUCUACCCACCUCCCACAGAAUCCUGGGAAUUGUAGUUUGGCCAUAGGUCUGAGUCAGAGUAGACCUAAUCUGUUCUUCAACUCAGUACAAGACACUCUCAUAAGUGUUCACCUUGUGCUGAAGUCAUCCAGCAUUUUGAAACUAACUAAACACCUGUUAGCAGUCAUGUUUUGUUCCUCUUAAGCAAAAGGCUUAUUCUCAUGAGGUCUAGAAACUUGCUAAUGGGGUUUUAACUGUCAUAACCUCUUGUAACGGACCCUGGAAAUAAUAAGUUAGCAUGGAUCUUGCCAGAUAUUCCCCAGAGCUUUGCCAAACAUGCAUUUUCGGGCCGACACCUUGGUUGUGUUGUCCCGUCUGCACUCUGCAGGGGUUUCCCUAUACAAACUUCUAGCACGGUCCCAUGACCCCUUUGCAUUGCUGCUUCCAAGCUGGUCCCACAGAACAAGAGGCAAGUAGUGGGUGAAGAUGGGGGCACCUCCGUGGAUCCUUAAAGGCAUGUCAGUGAACGAUAUCUUCAAAUAUGCAAGGGCUGUUACACAGAAGGAGGAACAGACUUUUCCUCUGCUGUUCCGGAGGGCAGGAAUAGAACCAAAUGGCUUGAAAUGAUAAGGAAGGACCAGCUCUCCUCUCCUAGUCCAGGGGGCUGGAGUAGAUGACCUCCAUGGCCCCUUCCUUCUCUAAGAUUCUAUGAAAUGGGCUCCAGCUGGACUAACUGUUCCAGUUUUUUGGAAACCCCUGAGCUGCCUCCCCUGCUGCUUCUGUGUCCAAAUGGGUGUUAGAGCUGCUGACCAUACAGAGAAGGAAGGUGCCAGGGAGAAGCCUUUUAAGAAUUGCCCAAGGGUUCUGAAUUGAGGAAACCCUUGGGUGGUUCUUCAAAGGGUUUUCCACAGCAUCUCCUAGACUGUCCUUUCUGCUUUGUGUCACUCCGCUUCUAAUUUUACAGAGUGCUUUUUAACACAUCCACUGCCACAACAACCCUCUGUUAUAGAGUUAUAUGUCACUGUUAUAGAAUAAUAGCUUCCAAGAGGCUUGAACCUGGGCCUUGCUGACCAGAACCCAAUUUGCUGUAAUCCUCGACCACACAGGCUAAUGAAGCAGUGGGUGUAGGAGGGAGAGUCAAUCACAGGAAGAAACAUGGAAAGCUGCUGCCUACUGAGUCAGACCCAUGGUCCAUCUAGCUCAGGAUUGUUUACUCUGACUGGCAGCAGCUCUCCAUGGUUUCAGGCAGGAAUUUUUCUCAGCCCGAACUGGAGAUGCUGAGAGACUGAAUCUGACUUCUUGCAUGCGAAACAGAUGCUUUUACCUCUGAGCUGUGUGUGGACCCACCCUCAACUCACUCAGCCUUUUUAUGCGGUCAAAAAAAAUUCUUUCAGCUCUGCUGAACUCUGGAGACAAGGGUACGGCGAAACCCACGUCUAGAGUUGUGAUUAGUGAACUGUGAGCACACUAAAUGUGGGCCUUGAUGCAAGAUAACUCUAGUGCUCUCCAAGCGAGCAUGCUUUCUUAGUCCUUGUCGAAUUGGCACUGUGUGUUGGCAAAUGGCUAGAUGCUACCGGCACAGAACUCGGGGCUGCAGGCCCUAUCCUGAGCCUUUUGCGGGGUGUCUGUGUGUGCUUGGGGUUGUGGGGGGAGCAACCUUGCUUUUAUGACUUCUCUUCUGUUACACACGACUCCCUCUCCAAAAUGCAUUGUUAGAUGGACUGUGUUUAGUAUGACUUUAAAGAAGAGAGACAUUUUAUUAAAAGACCAAAUUUCAAACCAA